AAUGAAAGAAAGAAGUUGAAGGACCAAAAUAAAAUACUCAGUAUAUUGGGGACCUAAGAUACAAUAUUCUCAAAAAGUAAAAUUUUGGCGUUCUCUCCUCGAAUCCCUCGUUCCCCCAACUUCUCCCUUCAAACCCCAACGCCACCUCGUCUUGUAAAUUUUUAAUUGAUCGAUAAUAAAGAAAUCAAUGGAGAAUUCCAGGGUUGUGGACGGGUUUGCGCGGUGGUUCGGAACCAGUGUUGCGGCAGCGUUUUUUGCGUCGCUGGAAAGGUGCUCAUGCGUCAAUCUGACUACCUAUGACUCCGAUGAUGACGAUGUAGAGACUAACGACGGUCCUGUGAUGCUCACCACAGUAAAUUCCGUUAAUUCCACCUCCUCCUUCGCCUCCGCCACCACCUCCACCAACAAUAAUGCUGUUCUUCCUUCCGUCGAUAGCCUCCCUGUCUGACCAUUAUUAUCAUUCGUUUCACCCAUCGGUGAUUGGUAAAAUGUUUGCUGUACUCAUUUGUAUUAUCCUGUUUUCCUUUUUUCACCAUUCAAUGAUAAGGAUUUUUGGAUUUUUUUUUUUUCUCCAAUGAAACGGCAUUACCAAGCUGGUUAUGGGAUUUUUCUGGCUUGUAUUACCCUCCCUUGAUACUGUACUGUAAAUUUUUUCUAGAUAACGCACAGGCAAAAAUUGUGAUUUUUAUGUACCGAAAAUUGAAUGGAUUUUAUUAAGUGAUUCGAGUUUUA